UCACCGCACUUCUCGUGUACCUGCUGCCCACUCCUCUCCCACGUCUUGAUUGGCCGUCUUGGACCAAAUCCUCUUGAAUGAUUUCAAACCCGAGUGUUUGGACAAGAAGAAGAAAAGGGAGGAGGAGGGUAGUGGAGAGGAGAGGGGGGGACUGCUGCUGCUGAUUCCGUGCUGGCUGAGCUGAGAGGGGGCUUGAAUCCUCCGUCCACCGACACAGCACCUCAGCAAAGAGGCUUAUCCGAGGAGCGUUGUUGACGGUAAAACGCGUUCAGGAGAGAUCACCGGUGAGACAUACGAUGUCCAGCGGAGACGGUGCACAUUGCGAUGGGACGCGGUUUGUUGUUCUGACGGGACUCCGCUCCGGGGACCACGACCUGAUCGAAAAUCACUGCUGAUCGAUUAAAAAUCAUGUGUUGUCGUUACUGACGGAAUGUGAGUACAAACUGUUGUUACCGAGACUCAUAACGGAUUUAAGAUUUAAUGAGGCCAUUCAGUUCAUGCACGGGUUGCCAUAGCAUCAUAUUAAUAUUUCUCUUUUUCAUUACCGGCCUGUUGAAGAGGAGGAGAGCAUAACCAUACUUUUCAUAUUUUGGACAAUGCAUUCGUGUUUUGCUUAAAUGAGUUUUGACAGUUCAUUUUAAGGCGACUUUUUUUUUUUUAAACAAACAAAACAAACUGAGACUCACAGCCAACACAGUCAUGGCUAAAAAUCCGUCCGAGGGACCGAAGGACGAGCUGAGCCAGCUGACGGACGAGGAGCUGCUGAGGUGCAGCAAAGACGAGCUGGUCCGGAGAUUAAGGAGGGUUGACAGCGAGAAAAUGAACUUAAUGAUCGAGCAUGGCAACAUGAUGAAAGACAUCAACCGGAGGCUGCAGGUGCACCUGCACGAAAUCCGGAGUCUGAAGGAGAUCAACCAGAAGCUGCAGGACGACAACCACGAGCUCCGGGAGCUCUGCUGCUUCCUGGACGAUGACCGACAAAAGGGCAAGAAGCUGUCCCGGGAGUGGCAACGCUUCGGCCGCUACACUGCCAGCGCCAUGUGGAAGGAGGUGGGCACCUACAUGAUGAAGCUGAAGGAGCUAGAGGCCAACCAGGACACCGUGUUGAGGGAGAACACUGAGCUGAAGGAGAUCAUCCUCAUGCUGGAUGAGGAGAGGAACGGAGCAGGGUCCAGGAGCUCCAUAGACAGUCAGUCCAGUUUAACCAACCUGAACGGUGGCACCGGAACGGUAAGGGAUGUCGGGGACGGGAGUAGCACGUCCAGCACAGGUAGUGCUGGGAGCCCUGAUCACCACAAUCACAACCACAUACACAAGCCCACCUCAGAGAACAGUAAGAUGGGCCCCACCAUGAGGAGGUCCAUGGAUGACCUGUCAGCACCACACCAUCACAGGAGCAUCCCCAAUGGACUAAAUGAUUCCUCCUCCAACUACAUCAGGCAGCUGGAGACGAAAGUGCGGAUCCUGGAGGAUGAUAACAACAAGCUUCUCUCGCAGGCUUAUAGCCGAUAUAGUUUAUCACAGAUACAGACCAAAAAGCAGUGUAACCCAGGUGACCUUCGUGCCCUGAGGAAGGGAAUGACCCUCUACCACUCAGAGUCCCAGCUGUCCUCACUGCCACAGCGCCAGGACGCCAUGCACAUGGGUACUGGUCGCCUCCCAACCAGCGAGUCCUCUCCUGCCACAGGCUACCUGUCCUGUGUCCAGAAGCCUGAGGCCGUGGUGCACGCCAUGAAGGUGCUGGAGGUCCACGAGAACUUGGAUAAGCAGGUUCCCGAGGACUACGAGGACGAUCUCAGUGAGAAAGAGAAGGCCAUUGUGCGAGAGAUGUGCAACGUGGUGUGGAGAAAGCUGGGUGAUGCAGCGGGAUCAAAGCUGUCCAUCAGACAGCACCUCUCUGGGAACCAGUUCAAAGGGCCGCUGUAGCAUGGCAACACAGAGAGAGAGAGAAAGAGAGGGAGAGAUCAGGAUUUACAGUAUCUACACUCACAUGAAAACACCUCUUACUACCUGCGCCUACACAACCCAUCAUGCCAUGCUUCCUACUGCCUACAGCACCCAGCAUUCCUUCAACAAACACUCUUUUAAGACUGGCUAAGAUAGCUACUAAAUGGACCUGUUAGUCUGUUAUUCACAUGUACAAACAUGUUUUUAUCUCUCAGAGCUUAUGAAGCAUUGACAACUGGCAGCUAGUUUCACUGAUUUGCCACUUUUUUUUUUUUGUUGUUGUUGUUGUCGUUGAUUUUUUUUCGAAGGCUUCCAGCUACACAACGAUCUCUCUCUAUAAAAGCUAUAAACACACACCACCCUCAGUCCUUUACAGCAUAGUUGUGCUACACUAAACCCUCGAUAUGACAUGGUUUCAAGCACAGACCUGAUGAGGCCGCAGGGGCAGAAAUCUCUUCACGUGCUGCUGGGAUCUGAAAGCGGCAUUGUGGCGGUAUCGUCAGAUAAGUUUUGAUAGUAUACCUCCCAUAGAGACCCCUAGCUCCUCACACAUAUAUCGCCCCCCCCUAGUGGUCAACAAGUAUAACUAGCAUUAGCAUUCUCAAGUGUUAACUAAUGUGAAACCCACUGUGACCUAGCGCCUUUUGCUCAUAAGACAAGUCUAUGGAUAAUAAAGUCUAGAGAUCACUGUUAACUUGUGUAUAUUAUGUAUAAAACCAUAGCACUACUUCAUUGUUAUUGUUCAUUUUACUUUGAUCUAUUUUGUAUUCUAGCGUGGCCAUGUGAUCAAUUAUUUAGUUUGGAAAGUACACACACAACCGGACCUUUAAACAGGGUUUUGAUUUUGGAUAAAAAGAAAAAAAAUGUAACCUUUUUGUUGUUGUUGUUGUUGUUUGUUUUUUUAAAUUCUUUUCCAGAUGAAUUGCCAUUAUUCCUUCUCUCUGUAACCUCUGAAAAUGUAUCAAGGCCAUUCUGAAUCAAACCAUCUCCAUGGGCUAAUGGAUAGAUAAUUUUCUUAUUUUGUAAAAUUAACUCAAAUUGUAUGCUGUGUGCAUGCUUGACAAUCAUUUUCUCAGGUUGGGAGGGCUACAGCUUUACCUUUUUCCCAUCUGUGACGGCGAGUGUGUGUGUCUGUGCGUGUGUGUGUGUGUGUGUGGGUGGGUGUUUGCGUUGGCUUACGUGCGUGGAAGGAAGAGUGAAUGAUUCUCUUGCAGCUGUAGCAUCUGCCUGUGAAUCGUCUUUUCCUCUGUUAAACCCUGGUUACAACUCGGUUGAAGACUGCUAAAGGCAUUUGCUGAAUCCAUACAGAAAGCCUUGUACCAUCAACUUUUAAAGCCAAACAAUAAACCCCUAAAAGUCAAGUUUGGAUGGCAUUUUUUUGGACUUUACUUGAUUUAUUUUUUUUGUUUACCACUUUUUAUCUCGGCAGAUAAAAAAAAAAAGUAGCUUUUCUUAAGCUCAGUCCUUUUCUGUUGCCAUGGAUUCAGCAGGUGUGUUUAUGCAGCGCAUGUUACUUAAACUUUUUUUCUUAGAAUAUGAGUCUAAUAUAAGUCUUCCCUUAGAUGUCUCCUGAUAACACUAACAUUUUAAAAACAAGUAUUUCUUGAUGUCAGAAGUAUUUAUUGCCGGGUGUCAGAUAGAGAUGGGAGAGCUGUCAGUAACUGGACAGUCAUAUUUUAAAUGUAUCAGAUUUCUUAUUUGAUAGUUAAGUUUAGUGACUGACAGCUCAGGCUCUCCCAUCUCUAGUGUUAUUUGUUCCAAAUUAGAACAUUUGUGAGGCUGCCCGCCAUGCACCUCUGUUCUCUCCAAUAAUGGGUCAAAAAUAAAUCAAAGUAUGGUUUUUUAAAAGUGUCCUUUUUUUCUAGGAACUGAUUUGAACCCGCACUGCAAUUUUGAAUACUUUAUAUAUGGCAUUUGAUUUAAAAGAAAAAAAAAUGUGCCACAUUUUUUUCUGCAUGGUGUUUUGAUUUGGAACCCAACUGUCUUUUUUUUUUUUUUUUAAACAUGUAUAGUGUUUCUUUUAUUUUUCUGCCUAUAUGCUAAAACACACAGUACAGAAUCCUAGAAUCUACAGCGUAAAUGUCAGUUCCUGUAGUAACUAGCAUGGCUGUAACUUCUUUUCAUGAAUUUCACUGAUAAAAUGAAUAUUUGGCAGGUGGAAAGAAAACAUGAAAUAGGCCACUUUUAGACAAAAAUCUGGGAGAAAAUAAACAAAGUUGGUUAAUGAUAUUGUGAAGUGAUGUCUUUAUUUGACAGCGCAAACAUUUUUUGCAGGUAUGUUUUCUUCUGUGGAUGACAGACUGCCCUCUGCUGGUACACAACUGGAAAUUAAACUACAGACAUCCAUGAGGUUCAGUACAUAAUGAGUGAUUCCCAACCAAAUAAAGUCUAGUCUUUAUAAAGAGUAUAAAUCAGAGUUAUCAUAAGAAGACUUACAGUAACCACUGCAACUGAGUGCAUGAAAAUGUGUUAGCAGGUGAGCAGGAGUAAAACUUGUUUGCCGACAGUAAAAGGAUAAAUAGUUGAAAUAAGGUGGAUUGGUUAAAAGUUCUGAAGCUGUUGAAAUAUUAAGAGUAAAUCCUUAAAGUGCAGGACAAAUGGUUUUAUGUUUGUUCUAAUUAAGUGUCAAAUAUCACCCUGUUCAUAGUCCAUGCAUGGGAACAUAUGGGUGGUGCAGAUUAAAUGGUACUCAAGCUCAUGUCAAAACUGUGAAAGUUCAGACAGAAAUCUGGUGAACACCUAGUACAGAUUGACACUACUCAGUCCAAAGUAGGAAAAGCAGGUCUUUAUUCUCAGACACAAAACCAAAGCUAUGAGCAGGAUACAGAAAAGAGAAGCCUGACUAAGGCACAUAUGGAUAGAAACUCUAAAAAAAAAAAAAAAAGCCUAAAUGAAAA